AUGCCCACACAUUUCACAGUACACCUCACAAAGUACAAUGACAUUUGGGAAAUGAAAGAAAAAAACUUCAGAGAAACUGUCAAGGUUGGAAAUGCCAGAAUGAACAUUAAUUUAACUCUGGUUAAUAAUAGGAGCAAACUGGAGAAAGGAAGUUUGUUGCUGGAGGGAAAUUGGGAAGUUUUGAGAUUUCUGCUUUCCAAUUUGCGAUGGUGGAUUAAGGAAUAUGGUUUUGAUGGGUUUCGUUUUGAUGGUGUUACAUCAAUGCUUUAUCAUCACCAUGGCAUAGGAUGUGGUUUCUCUGGUGACUACAGUGAGUAUUUUGGCCUACAAGUGGAUGAAGACUCGCUUGUGUACCUUAUGUUGGCAAACCACAUGGUCCAUUCCUUUUAUCCUCACUGCAUUACAGUAGCAGAGGAUGUGUCAGGGAUGCCCGCUCUUUGCUGUCCUACAACGCAGGGUGGUGCAGGAUUUGACUAUCGAUUGUCAAUGGCUAUACCUGAUAAAUGGAUUCAG